GGAUCCCAGCUCUAAUGGUCCGAAGUCCAAUACAUUGAAGUUACGAGAAUCGUGUAGUUGGUGGCUCCUUUUUCUCUAGUAUCUCGGAUUUCAGAGCGGCACCGGCACCGAUCACAUCCCGGAAAACGACUAUGCAUUCGGCGUUUCAGGCCGACGAAAUCUCCGACAUCACCGAAACCUUCUGGGCCUCCUCCACGUCUCUCCAGAUGAAUCGCAGCGACUCCGAGUGGGCCUUCGAGCAGUUUCUAGAGGAAGUCGUCUCCGCCCCACCACCACCACCACCCCGCGCCGCCGAUCAAUUGACCGUCUCCUCCGUUGCCUCCGCUCACUCCUCGACGUCGAAGCGCGAGGAGGUCGAUGAGGAGGUGGUCGAGAUCAAGAAGCCCGAUCGUCAUCUCAAUUGUCCGCCGCCUCCUCUGCCGUCCACGGCGCCGAUUAAUUCGGAUCAGUACCAACGCGAGCUGCUCAAGAGCAAGCUCGAUCUCGCGUGUGCUGCAGUCGCUCUCACUCGGGCUUCGUCUUUGAAGCCUGUGGGUUCUGGUAAUGUAGCGCAGACUCAAUCUAUAUUGCCACAGCCUUCGCAAGUGACCUCUGCACUUCAUAAUAAAGCUGCGGUUUAUGGUUUGCCACAAAGUGAGGCUGAUACUAGCCCGCUUGGCAUUCCGGCUUUACCUGCUAUUCAGAAAAAAGCUCAGACAACCAGUGGAUCGUCGAAAGAUGACUCGGAUGAUGAUGACCUGGAAGGCGACAUUGAAAUUACCGAGAAUAUGGAUCCUGCUGAUGUGAAGCGCGCGAGGAGGAUGCUGUCAAAUCGGGAGUCAGCUAGACGCUCUAGAAGAAGAAAACAAGCACAAAUGACUGAUCUUGAGACCCAGGCUGGCCAACUAAGAGUCGAAAACUCUGCACUGUUAAAACAACUCACUGACGUGAAUCACAAAUAUGAUAAUUCAGUCGUUGAUAGAAGAAUAUUAGAAGCCAAUAUUGAGACAUUAAGAGCAAAGGUGAAAAUGGCAGAAGAAUCUGUCAAGAGGAAGACAGGGAUCAACCCGCUACUUCUAGCCAUGUCAAAUGUACCAAAUGUACCUAGAGCAAGCAUGGCAUCACUAGGCAAUCCAAUGGAUACAUCUGCCAAUGCUUCUGUGCCAAUGCAACCAACCUCCAAUCAUCUCUUUCAUCCGGUGGCUCCUAGUAUCAACACUCCACCACAUCACCAGAGAUUAGAUACCAGCUUCCCUGGAAACCCCUCGAUUCCUCUAGUUGGAAACCAACAGAGUACCGUUGGGCAACCAAUUGUGAGGGGAAGCAACACGACUGAAGUACCUUCAGUUCAGCACACAGCUAGCAUAGAUCACAUGCACCAGCAGCAGCACCAGCAGCAACUUCGGCCAGGAGUGAAUCCGUGUGAAGCAUUGCCAGUUUGGAACCCUCAGAUUCCCCAUGCAGUCCCCAAGAAUAAGUAGAAAUGAAUGUAGUAUUGUAGUGCCUUUUUUUAUCCCUUCCUAUUUUACAGAUAGGGAUAAAAAACUUGAUUGGAUACUUAAAACAUGGGAGCACUUUAUUAAUGAAUUUGUAUUUCUACUUUCUUUUGCUAAAUUUUUUGUUUC